AUGCCAGACACAGGCCUAUCACACUUCACUACCGUCUUCCGGGCAACCGAGCCCUGCAAGGUCAAGCGCAAGAGGCCGCCCGUCUCGUGUAUCAACUGCCAGAAGCGCAAAUCACGAUGUGAUCGUCGUCAACCAUGCGGCGCAUGUGAGAAGAGGGGCGAAGACCGAGCUUGCCGCUUCGGCCCUGCGUCCAUCGUGUCUGCCACGGCGCUGGUCAGAGAGCUGGCGGAGCAGAAUAUGAACGACCGACGCGGCGCUUCGCAUGAAGGCACCGAGCAUUCGGAUGAUGAUAGGCUGAGCUAUCGAGGCCCAACGACAUGGUCCGCGGUGGUGGAGAGCAUCCACGACAUCCAGAACUCACUUCAAGCCGAGGAAGAGGAAAGCACCAUUUCGGGGGCGAUGUAUGACUUGGAUCUUGGCUGUGGUGACUUGCUUCCCGUCACAACGGACCAGGUCCUAUGGACACUACCUAAGCGGCAGGAUGUGGACAAGCUCAUCACGGCUUACUUCAAUGCCAAGUCCGUGGCCGUCCCAUUUCUGCACGUAAACCAGUUCCGGAGACGUUACGACAAGUUUUGGGAGUCCCCGGCAACGACGAGCAUGCUCUGGAUCAGUAUCCUCUUUUCCAUUUUGAGCUGCGGCGUUGCAAUCGCUGGGAUCAAAGGCAUCUCCCUGUCCUCGAGUUUAGGGGCUUGUGAUUCCAAGGCCUACAUGGCCAUGGCUGCUCGAUGCCUCCACUCGGGUCAUUAUCUCAAGCAAAGAGCCAUGUCGGUGGAAGCUGUGGUGAUGUACGCCCACUCACGUAACAUGCAGAAUCCGGACGGGGAUCCAUCGCUAUGGAUAUUGCUCGGGCUGGCCGUCCGCUUGGCCCAGCGGCAAGGAUAUCACCGCGACACAACCAAGAUAUCUCUGAACAUCACUCCCUUCGAGGCAGAGAUGAGGCGCCGCGUCUGGUUCGUUAUAGAGUCUUACGAUGCGCUCUUCUCGUACCAGCAUGGCAUGCCGUCAAUCAUUCACGAUGAUAGCUGCGAUGCGGGCCAACCAACCAACAUGGCAGACGACGACUUUGACGAGGACAGCGUCACCUUGACCCCUCGGCCACAUACUGACCCCCUGCCGAUCCUGGCCUACAUUACCAAGUCCACCUUGUUACCCUUAUUUCGACGUAUAAUGAAACAUGCUCUCGGUGUCAAGCCCGAGAGUUUGUCGAGCGUCGCUGUGCUGGGUGAACAACUCGACAAAUGGUACGAAGCGAUCCCUCGCUGCCUCAAGUACCGCCCCAUUCGACACACCUCGUUUACCGACGCGAACUACACCAUCUUCCACAGGUCCAUGCUCGAGCUGACGUACCAUAUGAGCCGCUGCGCGCUCUACCGAUCCUGCCUUGUUGGUGGCGGUGGUUCCAACAUGCGCUCUCUUGCGUUCAGUGUCUGCCGCGAUUCGUCGCUGAAAAUGCUCGAUAUGCACAUCGAGAUGGACCGUGAGGUCCAGCCGGGCGGGCGGCUUCACGAGGAUAGAUUUAUGGGCGAGUCGAGCCUGACCCUCCACAGCUUUCUAGUUGCUGCCAUGAUCAUAUGUCUGGAGCUCAAUGACUGCCAGGACAUGCGUCCCCAAGACAGAGCUCACCGUAUCAACCUCCUGCGCACAUCUCAGCAGAUGUGGGCCGCCCGUAGCACUACUUCAUCAGAUGCCUCUCGUGCGAAUAGGGUGCUGAAGACCAUGCUAAAGAAAGUCGAAUCACCUUACUCGUCCCAAUCUGACAGCCAGACGCUGUCUGCCUCGGCGGCAGAGACGAUUACGUCCGAGAAACCACCUCAACCGCCUGAGGAGAAUGCGCAGCACCCUGCGAAUAUCGUGGGAUGCAUCAUCAUGACUUCCACCUCCAUCCCCGAGACCUCAACCUCGCUCGUUCUCGAGGCCUUCAAUCAGCCCCUCUCCCUGAAGUCUACUCCCAUCAACACGCCUACUCCAGCUGGUGCCGCUCUCGUCCGGAUCCUCUGCGCGACCAUACGCCCCCACAACCGGGCAGGCUUCCGCGGCAAACAGGUUCUCCCCUUUCCCGUCCCCUACACACCCGGCAACUCGGCCGUCGCCCGCGUCCUCGACGUCGGCGCGGAUGCUGUGUCCCUCAAGCCCGGCCAGCUCGUCUGGGUCGACGGCUUCGUCGUGGCGAGGGACGAUCCCGUCGGCACACAAAUGCUUCUUGGCCUGUCGGACCUCGCCGCAGAGAAGCCCCGCAAGUUGUUCAAGGCCUGGCCGGGCGUCUGGGCCGAUGUCGCCCAGGUACCCCUGGAGAACUGUGUGCCCCUGGACGAAGCCGUGCUCUGCGACCAAAAAGGCUAUUCCUUUGGCGACCUCGAGUACAUUGAGCGCCUCGCCGUCGCCAACGCCGGCAUAAGAGCCGCCCAUCUCCGGCCCGGCCAGACUGUCGUCGUCUGCCCCGCGACAGGCCAUUUCUCGGGCGCCGUCGCCGAGCUCGCCGCACAGCUCGGCUGCCGCGUCAUCGCGCUCACCCGGUCCGCCGCCAAGCUCGAGCCCUUGACGCGUCGCCACCCGCGCAUCUUGCCCGUCGAGCUCACGGGCGACGUCGCUCGCGACGCGGCCGCCAUCCGCGCCCUCUGUCCCCGGCACACCGGGGCGGCCGACGCACUCAUCGACAUCUCGCCACGCGCAGCGUCCGCUAACCCCACGCACCUCCACGCCGGCCUGGCCUCCCUGCGCAACUACGGCCAGGCCGUCUUCCUGGGGGCCCUGGGCGACGUGGCCAUCCCGUACAUCAGCUUGAUGCUACGCAACAUCAACAUCAAGGGCCAGUGGAUGUACAGCCGUGACCAGCUGGCGGAUGUGAUCCGGCUGAUCGAGAGUGGGGUGGUGAGGCUGGGGAAGGAGGCCGGCCAUGAGGUGGUCCAGGGUGGGUUUGAGUUGGCGGACUGGGAGAAGGCCGUUGAAAUUGCCGAGGAGGCGACGUCCUGGGGGCAGCAGACUCUCUUCCUGCCUUGA